GUUGUCAACUUAUUAGGUAAGAUGUAGUUGUUAACCAGACUUGUAAAGCAUUGAUUGCGUUGAUCAUUUCCAUUAUCGCAAGGGCAAGUGCAUGGACAAGACUUUGGGUCAACGCCUGUGGGAUAAUUAUUUCCUGACUAUCAAUCUUAAACGACAAAAGUGGUGACGACUUGCUUUACUCCGUUCACCAUUCUAUCAUCAUCUUCGUUCCUCCCUGUGAAAUGCAAGAAGAAAUCAAUGGAAGGUUUCACCAUACCGCUUUUUUUCCUCUACUCUUUAUUUUCCAUCAUAACAACCUCCAAAGCACUUGACACCAUAACCAAAACUCAGUUCAUCACAUUUAACAACACCAUAGUUUCACCGAGCGAAAGCUUCGAAAUGGGGUUUUUCACCCCAGGCAAUUCCAAGAACUGGUACAUAGCAAUAUGGUACAAGAAGAUAGCCUCAGGGACCAUUGUAUGGGUUGCCAACAGAGACAACCCACUUCCCAAUUCCUCUGGUGUCUUGAAACUCAUCGACCCAGGAAUCCUCGUCCUUCUCAGUUCCACCAACAACACCGUAUGGUCCACCAACACCUCUCGAUCUACACGCAACCCAGUUGCCAGACUUCUCGAUUCGGGAAAUCUUAUCAUCCAAGACCCAAACGAUCACAACCCAGAAAAUUUUCUCUGGCAGAGCUUCGAUUACCCUUGUGAUACUCUGUUACCGGGCAUGAAAAUUGGGAAGAACUUGGUUACAGGUCGAGAAUGGCACAUGUCUUCGUGGAAGAGCAAAGAUGACCCAGCUCAAGGUGAUUACACUUACUGGUUAGAUCUUCGUGGAUACCCACAAAUCUUCGUCAGCAAAGGCUCGGUUGUGUUGUUCCGAGCCGGACCUUGGAAUGGUCUCCGGUUCACCGGCACUGGGACUGUACUGACCAAGAAUCCAAUUUUCAAAUUUGGAAUGUAUUUUGAAAAGGAUGAGAUUUACUACAGGUAUGAUCUCCUUAACAGCUCUGUUGCUUCCAGGUUUAUCUUGACUCCCAAUGGUUUUGCACAGAGAUGGACAUGGAUUAACCAAAAAAAAGGUUGGGUGCUUUAUGUGAAUGCACCAACAACUGUUAGUUGUAAUAGUUAUAAUUUGUGUGGUGCUUAUGGUAGCUGUGAUGGCGAUAAAUCCCCUGUUUGCGGGUGUUUGAGUAAAUUUGUGCCUAAAAACCUGAAAGAUUGGAACAUGACGAAUUGGUCGGGAGGGUGUGUUCGGAGGACGGUGUUGGAUUGCAAGAAUGGAGAUGGGUUUUUGCAGUAUUCAGGGGUGAAAUUGCCUGAUACGCGGAGUUCGUGGUACAAUAGGACGAUGACGCUUGGGGAAUGCAGAGAGGUGUGCUUGAAGAACUGUUCUUGUAUGGCUUAUACUAGUUUGGACAUAAGAGGAGGUGGGAGUGGGUGUUUGCUUUGGUUUGAUGAAUUGGUUGAUAUUAGACUGUUCAAUGAAGGUGGCGGGCAAGACAUUUACGUAAGGAUGGCUUCCUCUGAGUUGGACUUGACAGUCCAUCAAGCCAGCUUCAAUGGCAAGAAAAGAGAGAUAGUCAUAGUGACCUUGACAUUAUUCACUGGAAUGCUUCUGCUGGGUCUGAGCAUAAUGUUGUAUAUCCGGAAGAAUAAGAAGAAGAAGAAGAAGAAGAAGAAGAAGAAGAAGAAGAAGAAGCAGGAUUCACAGUUGAAGAUAGAAGGAAGGCCGGUACACAACUCCAAACAAGGUUCCACUGAAAAAAACCAGAAGGAAGAUAUGGAGUUACCAUUGUUUGACUUUGCUACGAUAGCUAGUUCUACAAAUAACUUCUCAAUUGACAAUAAACUUGGAGAGGGUGGAUACGGACCUGUUUACAAGGGUAGGUUGGAAGGAGGACAAGAAAUAGCAGUUAAGCGGCUCUCAAAAUAUUCUGAUCAAGGACUUGAUGAGUUCAAGAACGAAGUCAUCUGUAUUGCCAAACUUCAACACCGAAAUCUCGUGAAGCUUCUGGGUUGUUGCAUACAAAGAGAAGAAAAGAUGUUAAUCUAUGAAUUCAUGCCUAACAAGAGCCUAGACUUGUUUAUUUUUGAUGAAGGCGGAAGAACAUUCAUGGACUGGCCUAAGCGUUUUCACAUUAUUAAUGGAAUUGCGCGUGGACUUCUAUAUCUUCAUCAAGAUUCCAGAUUGAGAAUCAUUCAUAGAGAUCUUAAAGCUAGCAAUAUUUUGCUAGAUAUCGACAUGAACCCAAAAAUAUCAGAUUUUGGCAUGGCUAGAAUUUUUGGAGGAAAUGAGACAGAAGGAAAUACGAAUAGAGUGGUUGGCACAUAUGGCUACAUGUCUCCAGAAUACGCGGUGGAUGGGCUUUUUUCAAUAAAAUCAGAUGUUUUUAGUUUUGGUGUUAUGGUGUUGGAGAUUGUGUGCGGGACACGAAAUAGAGGCAUCGUUCAUCCAGAUCACCAUUUCAACCUCCUUGGGCAUGCAUGGAGACUAUAUGAAGAAAGCAAGUCAAUGGAACUUGUUGAUGGGUUUGUAAGGGACUCAUAUUGUCUAGCUGAAGUGUUGCGAUCAAUCCAUGUGGGUCUAUUGUGUGUGCAACAACAUCCAGAAGAUAGGCCAACCAUGUCGUCUGUGGUUAUGAUGUUGGGAAGUGAAGGUGAAUUGCCAUGGCCUAAAAAACCUGGCUUUUUUACUGAAACUGAUGGUUCAUCCAGCAAGUAUGCACCAUGUUCAGUCAAUGAACUUACCAUUACAACAAUGCAACCUCGAUAGUCGCAUUCUCUAGGAAUUGAUUGUAAUAUAAUCGUGUGGUAGAGAGAGAAUUUGAAACAGGAGAUAAGGGACAGGGCCAAGAACCCUUGUAUAACAUGAUAUAGUUGCAUUUCUCUGAAAGCCACAGCAAUGUGGACUAUUUUAUUACCUUGGGCUAACUGUAUUUGGAUUAUCUUCUCAUGAUCCACAUCCUCUGUAAACAUUCUGAUUUAGCCAUUGGUUGUUCCUAUAAACUGUGCACCGGUUGUCUCA